UCCUGUCCCUGAUUCGAAACGAGAAAACCAUUCCUGGGUACUGCGCACCCCCCACCUCACCACGCCUCACCCCGUCCCCCCAUUUCCCUGUUAACAGACUUUCACGCAUACAAAGUCUCAUCGAGCUCUCAAACUUUAGGCACGCCGUCUGUCUGCCCAACCUAAAGAACGAGAGGAAGAAAAAUAAGGAACACAAAAAAGAGAAAAACGAACGAAAGGGUUUCCUAAUGUCUGCAAAUUCCGCCCAUAUCGACCUGAACUCCGACGUCGUUUCGUUUGACCUGGAAAACGAGGCUUCUGGGUUUAAGGGUUCUGGAGCUGAAUCCCUAACCGAGUCUUCGACGGGUCUGGGUCAGGGUUCUUCAAUGGGGCGAAUAGUGGGCGAAGUCGGGAACCUCACCGGAGAUAAUGACUCUUUGGAGGGGUCGCGUGGGUCGGACAUUGGUGGUUUGGAUAGGAAUGUUGUGCUUGAUGCCAAGGAGGAGGGUGCUGGAAUUGAGGGUGCAGAGUGUUCACUGGAAGGCAGAGUCGUUGUUGGGGAAGCGGACGAUGAUGAAGAGCGGGUUUUGGGGUCGAAAUGUGGUGUUGGGAAUGUUGGUGCUAUAUUUGGGGAUUCAGGGCCUAAUGAGAAGAAUAGAGGGGAGGAUGAGUCUUUGAAGGAAGGUUCUGACGGUAAAGUUAUGGGUGUUACGGAUGGAGAUCCUUUGGUAACCUUCGGAGCAGAAGGGAAUGUAGGGAGAGAUGGAGGGGAUAAUCCAAUGCUAAAUGGAGAAGAAGAGGAGGUAACUCAAGUAGCUGGAGGCGAUCGAAAUGGGCAGCGGGUUCAUGCUGAAGAGAUUUCGGGUAUCGGCCAAUUGGAAGAUGCUGAUGCCUCAGGUUCGAUGCAGCCUUAUUCAGAGCCUGUUAGCCAAUUACCGGCUGCCAUUCCAGGUGUGCAAGUAAAAGUAGCUGAUAUCAAUGACUCUUUGUAUAAUGAAAAUUCUACUGUGGAUAGUCAUGUGUCCAAGUUGGUUACGUCUGAGGUUUUAACUUUGGAAGGAUCAGAAUAUCAGACCACGGAAAUGGAUGCAGUUUUAGAGACCAAUAAGCAUCUAACCAUAAGCACUCAUGUUCCAGAACCUGGUUCUAGCUCGAAUACUCGAGACGAUGACAAUCAUUUUGAUCUUGUUGUGGAUUUAAAUCCAUAUACGAUGACAGAUGGGAAUGUAUCAGGUGAUGGUGAUGGAAAUGUCAAAUCAGCUGUCUCAAAACCGGAAUACCGUGUUUCUGAUCUAGUAUGGGGCAAAGUUAGGAGCCAUCCCUGGUGGCCUGGGCAGAUUUUUGAUCCUUCGGCUUCAUCCAAUAAGGCAAAGAAGUACCUUAGAAAAGACGGUUUCCUGAUAGCGUAUUUUGGGGAUCAAACAUUUGCUUGGAAUGAAGCAUCACGAAUAAAGCCCUUUGGGGCACAUUUCUCGCAAAUGGAGAAGCAGAGCACUACCGAAGAAUUUCGCUAUGCUGUUGACUGUGCUUUGGAAGAGGUUUCAAGACGGGUAGAGUUUGGGCUGACCUGUUCCUGCGUAUCAGAAGAAGUAUAUACCAAACUCAAGAUUCAGAUAAUAGUUAAUGCUGGAAUCAGGGAAGAAUCAAGUAGAAGAGAGGGUGGGGACGGUUCUUCAAAUGUAGAUUCUUUAGAACCUGUGGAACUUCUUGAGUACGUUAAAGCAUUAGCUCAAUUGCCAUAUGGUGGAGCUGACAGACUAGAACUUGUAACUACACUGGCCAAAUUGUCGGCCUUCUAUCGUUGGAAGGGUUAUUCUCGGAUGCCUGAGUUCAAUAUGCUUGGUGCUUUGUUGGAGAGUGAUGAGGAAAUUCAACUAAUUGGAGAGACGAAGAAUCAUGGAGAAGUGAACGAUGGGUCAUUGUCCUCUGGGAAAGGAAAGUCAAAGAGUCAAGCUAGCUCCUUCCGUAAGCGUAAGAGCACUUCUGGAGAUAGUAUGAAACCCAGCAAAAAAGAGAAAAGCUUGCCAGAUUUGCAUACCGAGAAGGGCUUGUUUACUCCAAAUGGUGAAAAUGUAUCAGGAAGGGAAGCUGUUGGUAAGUCGAUUUCACAAUCUUCUGGUAAGAAACGUAAGGCAGCUGAUGCCAUGUCUGAUGACUCAGCUGUCAAACAUGGUAGAAGUCCUUUGUCAACAGGGGUUGCUGAUGAGACUGUACAGACAAAGAAAACUUUUAGAGUUGGAGAUAGAAUUCGUCGGGCUGCAAACCAAAUGAAUGAGUCAAGUCCAAUACUCAAGUAUGGUGAUGGAAUGUCUCAAGAAUCUGAGGUAAAGAAUAAAAGCGAACAAAAACCUAGCUUGGAGUUUUCUCCUCCUCACGAGAUGCUGUCCCAGCUCUGCUUGGCUGCCAGAGAUCCCAUGAAAGGAUACAGCUUUUUAUUUUCUGUAGUCAGCUUCUUCUUGGAAUUCAGGAAUUCUGUUAGCGUGGAUGAUCCUAUGUUAAAGAGGCAUGAACCGUCUUUGAAACAAGUGUUUGGUGGUAAGACUGGAAAAAAAUCAACCAAGACCGGAAGAAAAUCAACUAAGCCAGGAAUCACUGAAAUGUAUAUGCUGGAGCGCAUGAACGACACUUACUGGACUGACAGGAUUGUCCAAAGUAUUCCUGAAAAUCAGAAUGAAACAAGUGAUAAGGGUUUUCCCACUGUCGGACCACAAGCAGCUCUUGGAGCGUGUCUCAAUCCGGAUCCUAAGCAGCAAAGUUCUGGUGAAAAUCUUGAAUCCGAAGCAGUGAAGCCAGUGGAGCACUUGGAGGAGAAUUGUGAGCAAGACCUCUCACCCACAGCUCUGAUUCUAAACUUUACGGACUUGAAUUCUGUUCCUUCAGAAACAAAUCUCAUUAAGAUAUUUAGCCGCUUUGGGCCUUUGAAUGAAUCAGAGACUGAAGUGCUGAAGAAGAGUAACCGAGCCAAGGUGGUUUUCGAGAGACGUUCUGAUGCAGAAGCGGCUUUUAGUAGUGCUGGGAAAUACAGCACUUUUGGACCUUCUCUUGUCAGUUACCGCCUCAAGUAUUUGCCUUCUACACCGAGUAAAGCUUCUCCCGGUGCAACAAAGCAAGGCAUAAAAGAUACCCCCUGAGCAGAAGGCAAAUCAACAAAGCGGUGUUCAUUCAACUUUUGGUAAUUUGUGAUGAAUCAAGUAUGAACUCAGUGUUUUGAGGCUAUCUAUGGUCGCCAUGAGUAGAUUAUGUUAGUGGUUUAACUCUAAUGCGCUUAGCAUGCAAAUAGGUAGGAUUGAGAUUUGAGCAGUUGACUUUGUUAUUAUUGUGAAUAAAUGUAGGAAGCAGACUCAGUCGAUAGUUUUGACCAUGUUGUUUAUUUUUCAACUGGCUAA